GAGCAGCAUCCAUGGGUUACAGCAUCCUGCUGCCAGCUCUGGCAGGCACAGGAAAACACAGCCUCCCUCACCCUGCUGCUGCCCCUGGAUCUGUCCCACUUGGGAUGUUUCCAGGACAGAAACUGGAUCAGGACUCCGGGCUGGGAUUGGUCCCUGAGGAUGUGAUGAAUGUGAAGGGCAGCGCUGCUUUAUGGAGCAGGCUGGCAGGGCGUGAAGCCAUGUUCCUUUUUUCCUUAAAAUCUCUGUAGAAGUCCAGGGAAAGUAUCCAGCAAGGUGGCUGUGGGAUGCUGAGGAAUGUGGGGAGCGCCCAGGGCAGGCUUGGAGGAGCAGAGGGAGCCACUGGAGUGGGAAUGUAGGGAUCACAGAAUCCCAGAAUUGAUAGGGUUGGAAGUGACUUUGGAGACAGCUAAUUCAACCCCAUGGACCUGGAGCAGCAGGAGCCUCUGGAGUGGGAAUCAUCCAGAGGAGCAGUGGGACCUGCUGGGCUCUGAGGGAGGGCUCUGGAGGACACAGCUGCACAGCCUUGGCACAGGGAAUGCUGUCCCUGCUGCUGGACACUGCCCUGGGCAGGAGGAUGAGCUGUGACCCCGAGCCAGGGAGCAUCACACGCUCUCAGCCACGUGGGCUGGCAGCUGUGGGGCCAGGGGACCACAUGGAAAUAGCUUCUCUUCCCUGGGGAAGCUGCCUUGUUGCUUCCCAGAAGAAGUGGAUGUUGUAAUAACCUCAGCUCCUCACACCAUUUCUUUGUACCCUGACAUUAUCCUGCUUCCACGCAUGCAGGGAUUUUUCCUGGUCCACCUGUGGUUUUGUAAACUUUGCAGGAGAGCUGGAGGGAGGAUUUUGUCCCGUGUUAUCCCGGGUCAUCUUGGGUUAGUUGCAUCAUCCUUCUCACUCUGGUGGCAUGGAAUCACAUUUGGGAAGAAAGAAUUGGGAAAUAGGAGGUGAUGCGCUACCAGGUGCUGCUGGCCCUGAUGCUGUCCAGCCAGACCAAGGACCAGGUGACGAGCGCUGCCAUGCUGCGCCUGCGCCGGCGCGGCCUCACCGUGGACAGCGUGCUGCAGAUGGAUGAGGAGAGCCUGGGCCACAUCAUCUACCCCGUGGGCUUCUGGAGGAACAAGGUGAAGUACAUCAAGCAGACCACGGCCAUCCUGAAGCAGAAGUACGGGGGGGACAUCCCGAGCACUGUGGAGGAGCUGGUGCAGCUGCCAGGAGUUGGGCCCAAAAUGGCCCAUCUGGCCAUGCACAUCGCCUGGGACAGCGUGGCUGGCAUAGCUGUGGACACCCACGUGCACAGGAUCUCCAACAGGCUCCAGUGGGUGCAGAAGGAGACCAAGAAGCCCGAGGAGACUCGGGUGGCACUGGAGGAGUGGCUGCCCAGGGACCUCUGGAAGGAGAUAAACUGGCUCCUGGUGGGCUUUGGGCAGCAGACCUGCCUGCCUGUGAACCCUCGCUGCAGCCAGUGCCUCAACCAAGACAUCUGCCCGGCUGCCAAGAGACUCUGAGGGAUCCUGCAGCCUUGGGAGAGCCACACAGCUGCUUGGGCUGAGCCCUGCUGCAGCUGGGCCUGGCACAGGGCUGGCAGGUGACUGCAGGGCACAGGAGCCUGCUGCAGCAGCUCAGGGAGCAGCCCCUGGCACUGGCUCAGCUCUGCAGAGGAAAAAGGGGCUUUGAGAGGCAGCAAUCCUGCUGGGACAGAGCUGAAGACUCCAGCCUGGGUGAAUGGCUGGGCACGGCCCAGCUGUGCCACGCUGAGUCACUGCAGAGAAAAGCUUUGUCCUCAGGGGGCAGCUGCUGCUUGUAAAUACUUGUUUAAUAAAGGUGGUGAGGGCUUUUUGCACCCACGA